CGCGCGUGCGCAUGACGCAGUUGCCCAUGGUAACCGAGAGCCGCGUAGAGGAUGGGUUUGCUUUCAAUUCUGCGCAAAUUGAAGAGUGCACCGGAUCAGGAGGUAAGAAUCCUCCUCCUGGGACUGGAUAAUGCGGGCAAAACUACUCUUUUAAAACAACUAGCAUCAGAAGAUAUCACCCACAUCACUCCAACACAGGGUUUUAACAUUAAAAGCGUGCAGUCACAAGGUUUCAAGCUGAAUGUAUGGGACAUUGGGGGACAGAGAAAGAUCAGACCAUAUUGGAGGAAUUAUUUUGAGAAUACCGAUAUCCUGAUAUAUGUCAUUGAUAGUGCAGAUAGAAAGAGAUUUGAAGAAACGGGCCAGGAGCUAGCAGAGCUCUUAGAUGAAGAAAAGUUAAGUGGUGUUCCAGUGCUCAUCUUUGCUAACAAACAAGAUUUGCUUACGGCAGCCCCUGCUGCAGAGAUCGCAGAGGGUCUGAACUUGCACACAAUCCGUGACAGAGUCUGGCAGAUUCAGUCUUGUUCGGCCCUCACAGGAGAGGGCGUGCAGGACGGCAUGAACUGGGUCUGCAAAAAUGUCAAUGCGAAGAAGAAGUAAGUCCAGCUGAGUUGCAUGGGAUUGGAGCGGCUGCCUGAGCCAAACGCACUAGUUGGCUGCUAGUGUCUGACCAAAUAUUUGCCAUCUGUGUGCAGCAACAGCUGUUAAAAAUGGGAAGAGCAGCUAGGCCUACUGCUUGAAUUGGGACUUUACCUAUUCUCUAGUAUCGUUCACCCCUCACAAUAAAUUCACCUCCCCUCUCUUUUUUUGCAUAAAUAGUAUUAAUGGUCUCCAUAUUCACCUGAUUAGACAGUGAGUUAUGAAAACAGAAUUGCAUGCGGUCUGACUUUUAAAAAAAAUAAAACACCUCCAGUGAGUUCCAUAAAGUUAGUGUGGUCAUAUAACAGUGUGAGUGGGAACCCACAUCAGUUCUUAAGUCACUCAGGAUGCUGCUCUCUUUGUACCAUUCAGAGCUGGUCUCAGAGAUGCUGGUGCUUUGCUAGCAUGUAUGCUUCAAUUUUAAAAUGGCAAGUACAUGAAAGGGCCCUUAUUGAAGCAAGAUGACUCAGUAUCCCUGUCACAACACAUACGUUGUAGUUAAAAUUCUUUACAAUCUGAAUGUCAGAAGCAGUGGAGCACUGACAUGCUGCAGUUUCUUCAGAUAAAAUAGUAUCAGGCUGCAAUGCAGCAUGGCAUUUGUGGUUGACAUAAACAUUUGAGUUGCCGGAGCCACCAAGAACCCUUGGUGGCAACAGUCAUUUUUGUGCUCAAAUGCUUACUGCAAGGAAUUGAUAAUGGUUUUAGGCUUUAGCCAUUUGAGGGAUGCUUACAGGUAGAUUUUGAUUUAGUGUUCUCAGGACCUGUAAGCCACACAGCAUCCCAGACAGUGCUACCUGUAAACUAUAAGUUCAGCAAUGUUACUGUGACUUAGUCCAGAUGAGGAGUUGUGGCUGCUGCCCAGUCUUCUUGCACUUCUAGUUCAGAAAUGAAUGGCAGAAUUAGCUGUGCUGAAAAUGUUCAAAAAUGAUAUCCUUCAGAAAGUGUUUGAUCCAGUUUAGUACAGACUUUGGGAAAGAGAUGUCUGGGAAGGGUAAUGUUACUGCAUCAUUCCUAAGCGCUAGAGAAGAAAGCCUUAUCAACCUGUAAAGCCCUCUGUGUAGAAUACUUACUUGAUGCAUGAAGGAAGCACCCUGCCUUUUGAGUAAAUAGUCAUCUUAGUUUAUCAUCACUACACUGAAAUCUGACACAAAGAAGCUGCUUCUUGCCUCUAGGUCAUCAACUAAGUCCAAGCUCAGAGAAAUUUGGUAAGGGCAAUCUUGCAUGCAGUGAGAAUUCAGCAUGCAGUUUGGGAGGUUGAAAAUGACUAGGCAAUUUAUAAUGCCAUUUCUUGAUCUGACUGAGAGAAAGUAAACACUUUUUUAAAUCUCAAGCAAUGUGUGUGCUUUAUUAGCUAUUUUCAGCUGCUCUUUGAUCGCAUAACCCAUUUUCAUGCAAUGCUUUGUGGUAUUUGUUUAUGUCCUGCUACUCUAGAGGAAGCAAUUGCAAAUCUAGCAACAGUGGCCAUCUGCAAUCAGCCUUGACUUGGAGUCUACUGUGCUCGUUGUUACUAACAAGCAAAUUUAAUUCCUUGUUCUCGAUUAGAUAUAUUAAAUCUAUAUUCCAUCUAGUCCACGCUGUUUACUGGGGGUGAGGAAAUUAAACCAUAAACAUUACAAGAAUUAGAACAAUACAAAAACACAGGUUACAACUGGAAUCAAUCCAUUUAAAAAACCAUGCAUAGAACAGCUAAAAAUAUAUUUCCACAAACUCAUAAAAGGCCACUGCAAGCAGAUGCUUCCUAUGUUGGAUAGCUAGUGACUUCUUGUAAUUAAUUAUUCAUAUUUUCCAAAAGAUACUGUUUCUCUGGAAGUCCACUAUAAACAGGCUACUGCAGACUCCAUUUUUUGUACUUGUAGCCCAGUUUUAGUAGAAAUAAAAUACCUUUGUAGACUAUUGAGACCAGAUGUUGGAGUGCCUGACUGCUCACAUCAGAAUGUUUGCAACAUUCUCCCCCAAAAUCUGACAGACAUCUGUCAGUCUGUUCAGCUCAGGAAAAUGCAUGCUCUCUCCCUUCAGUGUCUAAAAAAGCACCCUCAAACAGCACCCUGCUAGCAAACUGGAGCUAACUGACCUUGCUGCCUCCUACCAUUUACAGCUGUUCUCUUUGGGCAUAAAAACUGAGCUCUCCUAGACCAUAAACAAUGAAUGCCAGUUGUUGCAAUUUUUGCCCUGUUCCAUCUCAAUACCUUUUUCAUGCUAAGGAUAUUUUUGUGGGACAUGGGAGCUUGAUAGUACAAGUAUAGCAUAUUGAGCCAGUAGGGCUCCCAUCAUGGUUCAUCAUCAACAAAUCCCAGAACUACUGCGUGAACUACAGCUUCUAAGAACUACAUGUUGGGAUCGACCAAAUGACCUAGAAGCCCAGCAUACUGCCUCUGAGUAUGACAUAUACUAGAUGGACAUAAGCAAUGUACAAGGAGCUGGUGAAGUCCUAUCAAACAGAAAGGAGUGCCCUGAGCAAGAAAAUUCUCAUCAUCUGAUCUAAGUUCUGAAUCUUAUGAUUUUGUCUAAGCUUUUAAAAUUUCUGCUUUUGGCCUUCACAAUACCAAAAAUGAGAUCUGUAACUGUAAGUAUGUACUGUGGGGGGAAAGUUUUUCUUAAGUAUGAAUUCUGCUGGAUAUUAAGACUCACAGGAUGGAGAACUUUACCACACACUAAGUCCUUCACAAGCUGAAACAAGGGUAAAUGACUAUUCAUUUUAAAACCAACACACCUUUCCUAUUCGGAUGUUACCAAGCCAUCUCAAUAUACAUUAAGGGCAACCUAGAAUGGCUGAAACACAGUUUGAGAGACCUGGGUAGUUAUGUAAUACAUUAGACUGAGAAUGGCACGAUGGUUCAGAUGUGGUUUAAAUUCUUGUCCUUUUUGAUUAUAUAUGGCUGGAUAUGCUUUAAAAAUGGCCUCGCUGAUAUGCCAGAUGAUGCACAAAUGCUGUAAAAGCCAUAGCUGCAUACCCACCUCUACUUUUCUGGUCUGUCUUAUUUUACGGAACAUCUGACUUUAUGCGCUGUUUGGUUUCUCUUUUUUGAAGUUAACCAAAAGAGGGCAUGGUGAUACUUGGUGAUGUUUAAGUCUCAGUGUAUAUGUUUGGCAAACUUGAAUAAAAUUUAGUAGAAAUUACAAA